AUGGGUCUGAAGGGGGCUUGGUGUUUCCCAUGGUGUGGGUGCCGGAGACAGCGGGGGACUGAAGGAGGAACAGGCCUGGAACCUGCUUCCCCACCUGAUCCCAGCCCAGCUGUAACCCCCACCGUGGCUGGAGGACUGUCCUCUUCAGGGGCCGGUGCCUACUUAAGCCGGAAAGCUCGGCUCUCCUUCCGCCACCAGCUGCAUGACGUGGCAUCCGCCAACGACUCUACCAUUUGA